AUGUCGUCUGAAAAACUUCGUUCUACAUCUACUCGAGAUACCGGAAGUCAAAUUAUUCCUAAGGCUAGUCUUGCUAAAUUCGAUUGUCUAUAUUCUAUUGAAAAAAAUUGUACAAUGGUCACAUCUGAAAAUCGUGAGGAUAUCAUAACUGAAUUUAAACAUCAGCUUCAAUUAGCAAAUACACAUUGUUCAAUAAAUAAAAAGGCACGGGAUAAAGCUACAAAACUUUAUAAUGACGUGGAAAGAAUUUUCCAAUUCAAAGAGGCUACAGCAGUUUUCGACAGAAUGGAUAAAAGGGUGAAUGAAAAUUUAUUUGAAACAAAAACUAAUCUAUAUGGAUCAGAAGUUGCAGUACAAAUGAUGGACAUAAAAUUGAGCUCUCUUCGAUCAGAAAUACCUUCUUCAGUAAGCAGUCAUUCCACAACAUUAUUCACUGGACAUGACUCUGAAAAUUCCUUCAAUCAUAACUCCAUGAAUCCUAAUAACAACCAAAUUGUUUAUGAAAAUAUACAAAUAUUAAGCACUCAUGACCAAGAUGUAAAUAAUCCGGAAUUUGAUAGUAUUAUUGUGGAUAAGAUAUCUGAUUUGAUAUUUUCCAAUUUAAAUCUUGAGGAAAUUUGGGAUAAAGUUAUGGAAAGAUUAAAGCAAGAAAUUUGCGAGUGCAAUCUCUCAAAUUGGAAGAAAGUCGAUUGGGGCAGAAUACUAAAAACAUCAGAUUAUGCUCAAUUGUUUAACAGAUCAAAGAAGAAAUUAUGUAAGGAUUUAAUUGACAAGGAAGCACAAAAUUUGUUACAUGAGGGAUGUGGCCAAAUAAGAUCUUUAAAUGAUUUAAAAUUAUGGAAAGACAAAUUCUCAAUUUUAAAAUCUGAAGAUGCCCAAUUGACUGCUGGAAUUAUUGAAUUUUUCCAUCUCUGUUUACGGAGGAAAAUAAACAUUCUUGUAAUGCAACAUCGGGAAAGAGAUUACAUUGUCAAGAUACUAAGCCCAAUUAUUGGAUUCAUAUUUGAAGAAUUUGAUAUUGGUACUUUUGAGCUUAACUGGAUUGAAAAAGACUCUCAUAGUGUUACAUGUAGAAAGCGAAAAUUUGUACACGAAGAAUAUAUGGAAUUAGAACCACCAUCGGAAAAGAUGGAUUUAAUAAUAUCAUUACGUUCUUACAAAGUCGAAUUAUUGGCACUUGAAGCAGGGAAUACUGAAGGUCCCAUGGAUGAUACCAAAUUACAGGCACAAGGUGGACGAUCUAUUCCCUUGUAUACAACAAAAAAUUUUUAUUUUUUUACUGAGAUGGUGACAUUGACGUUGCCAACAAUUUUAUCUGAGAUGGAAGACCUUUUGCCAGAUUUCUUGGAAAAUCUUCUAGUAUUACGGCAUACACAAAUAGAAUUGGUUGCAAAGAUUCGAAAAUAUUCUCAAAAAAGUCUCUCUACUCCGUCUCCACCCUCAUCACCAUUGCAUGAAACUACAGAGUCUCCUUUGAAAAAACAAAAACAAAAGAAAGAUCCUUUUU